GACUACCAAACACAAGCUGCAGUCUCACUCUCCUCCUCGUCUGUCUCCUUUCCUGCUCUCUUUUCCCACCACUUCCCCGUCUCUCUCUCUCUCUCCCUCUCUUAGUCUUUUUGCCUCUCAGUCGCCCUCCCUCUACCUUGUUUUCAUUCAAGUUGUUUACCCUCGUCCUCCUCGCCUCUCACUCUUCUGUGUGUCUCUUUUCCUCCAUUGUCACUGCUGUUGCUGCUGCUGAUCAUCUGGCAGCCUCACCCCACAUCCCUCCCAUCCAACCAAAACCUCCUCCUCUUCCUCCUCCUCUGCCUCCCCCUUCUGGGUUUGGAGAUCUUAAGAGCCGCUCAGCGCACGCUUCCGCAUAGCAUAACAGACUCCGCUCCCGCAUUGGGUAAAACAUGUCAACCGUCCUGGACCUGGAGCAGAUUUCGUAUGCUGGAAAUGAUGCGGAACACGAUAUUGAAACUCCUCACGGAGUUCUCCAUGUGACGAUGCGAGGCGUUACCAAGGGCAACAGGCCCGUCAUCCUCACCUAUCACGACAUCGGACUCAACCACAAGUCCUGCUUCAACACCCUGUUCAACUAUGAGGACAUGCAGGAGAUCACCCAGCACUUUGCUGUGGUCCAUGUGGACGCGCCCGGCCAGCAGGAGGGCGCGCCUCCCUUCCCUAGUGGAUACCAUUACCCUACCAUGGACGAGCUGGCUGAAAUGCUGCCCUCUGUGAUGACUCAGCUGAAGGUCAACAGUGUGAUCGGCAUCGGUGUAGGAGCGGGAGCUUACGUCCUCACCCGCUUUGCACUGAACAACCCCAGCCUCGUAGAAGGACUGGUUCUGAUCAACGUCGACCCGUGCGCUGAAGGCUGGAUUGAUUGGGCCGCUUCGAAGCUGUCUGGAUGGACCAGUAACUUGGUGGACAUCGUCAUGGCUCACCACUUCAGCACUGAUGAGCUGACAGAAAACCAGGAGCUGAUCCAGACCUACCGCCUCCACAUCGCCCAGGACAUCAACCAGGACAACCUGGCCCUGUUCUGUGGCUCCUACCAGUACCGCAGAGACCUUGAGAUCGAGAGGCCCAUCGUGGGGUUGAACGAGGAUACGGUGAACACACUAACGUGCCCCGCCCUGCUGGUGGUUGGAGACACGUCACCUGCUGUCGAGGCUGUGGUGGAGUGCAAUUCCAGGUUGAAUCCCAUCAAGACCACACUGCUAAAGAUGGCUGAUUGUGGAGGCUUGCCACAAGUUGUGCAGCCCGGGAAGCUCGCCGAGGCGUUCAAGUACUUUGUUCAGGGCAUGGGAUACAUUCCCUACGUUCUCCUCAGUCACCUGAGCAACGAAUCAGUGCCGUCAGCAGGAAUGACUCGCCUGGCUCGCUCGCGCACCACCUCCUCCUCCAGCAUCACCUCCAUGGAGAGCAGCCGCAGCCGCAACAACAUCAGCAGCCUGCUGGAGGGCAACGCCGCCGCCGGGGCGCUGGACAGCCAGGUGGCGCCCCAGACCAUGGAGGUGUCCUGUUAAACCCCACCCCACCUGCGUGCGCACUCCCACAGUAAUUUAUACGCCACUCCCCUCCUCCCUCUCUUUUCUCUCUCAUCCUGCUCCCAAGCUACUCGACGCCAGAGGGAGUGUGUGUGUGUGUGAUUAGAAAAGGAGGAGCUAAUAAAAAAAAUAUAUUAACAGAAGCAUAUUAGAGGAUAUGUUAUACAUAUAUACUGUCAAAGUCAACAUACUAACAUAAACGAUGAGAACAUUCAGAUGUUGUAUAUUUAAAUGUUUGAGUCAGCUGUCUAACCUUGUAUUUAUUUUUUGUUUUUGUUUUAAGCCUCUUCAGACCUUCAUUGUAGAAAUUCUCUGUUCACUAGAGCUUCUUUUAUUUCAUUGUGUUUUUAUUUUUUUUUUUAAAGUUCUUUCAUGGAUUUUCAGCAAAUUGUGUUUCUCUUUUUAAACCUGCUGCAAUGCAGAGGAGUCACAGAAGGAAGCGAGGGACAAAAACAUGCGCAGAUUCUUGUCGGGACGCAGGUUUGGGAUGUGAAAGAUGAGGCCACGAUGAAUCAUUUUAAAGGUCUUUCCUGGAUGGGAUGUUUUUAUGUGGUGCGAUAAAACUGAAAGCAGGUGUGCUCGAAAAGGCUCGAGUUUCAUUUGCGUGUCUUCAAGGUUUGGAACGCGUUUCAUUUCAUCUGAAGUUCUUGUCACCUUUUUUGAAAGAAAGCGCAAUCUAUAGCGUCUGAUUAAAAGUCUGAAUUUGGAAAGCAUCGUUUAAAGUUGAAACUGACUGGAUAUUUAAGCAUAAUAAAACAAGAUGCUUUUUU